CAUCGACUGCGAGGGGAGAAGAGAGAGAGACCCUUCCCGUCUCCGGCCACCGCAUCGCCAUGGCCGCCUCCUUCGCCGCCGCGGGGGCGGGGGCGGCGGCGUUGGGGCGCCUCGUCGACCGCACCCGCGUCCCCGACCCCGCGCUGCAGCGGCACGCCGUCGCGGCCUUCUUCCGCCACCUCCUAGCCCUGCCCGCGCCCCUCCCCUCCCCCGCGCACGACGCGCUCUCCUCGCUCCUCGCGUCGCCGCACCCCGCCGUGGCGGCCCACGCCGCGGCCUCCGUCGCCCGGCUCGCCGCCUCCCGCGCCGACCUCCUCCCCCACGACCUCGCCCUCCCGCUCCUCCUCGCGCCCCUCUCCGCCGCCCCAUCCCCGCGCCUCGCCGCCUGCUUCGUCAAGGCAGUCUCCGCGCUCGUCUCCUGCGCGCUUCGCUCCGGCCCGGCCGCGCCGCGCUUCCCGCCCCACGAUCACCCCUUCGUCCAGGCGCUCGCCUCGGGGGCCGACGGCGCGCGCGCGGAGCUGCCGCGGCAGGCAGCCAGGAUGGUCGCAGAGGGGCAACAGGGGGUUUUAGGGUUUUUGAGGCCAUUCGUGAUGUUUGCUGCGGUGAGGAAGGGAGACACUGCGUUCGUGAAGGAUUUGAUCGGCGCACUGGCCGCGGCGGCUGUUGCAGCGCCAAAGCCGGAUUCUACAGUGCCAUUGCUGAAAUUGCUUGCGGAGUGCUUGCUGCAUUUUGGCCGUGGGGAUGGCGAGGAAGUGCGACUCUGGCUUAGUUCUGUGGAGUGCUUGGUGGAUGCUUAUGUGGUAUUAUUGAGGAAGUUAACUCAUGCUCAGAUGACAACUUAUGAUGCCCAAGCAAGUAGUGUGGAGUUGAUAGAAAUGCUUCUUUCACAAUGUUCACUUCAUCACCAAUUUAUGGGAAAUGCUUCUGUAGUACUUGGAUUAUCAAAACAUUUGUUUUUGACGCAAAAGGAUCUUGGUUUAUGCUAUCUGCCAGAGAUUUCUGUUGUUCUCAGCUCUCUUGCUUUCAUUCUCAGUGGGCUGGAGUUUGAACAUGAGCAACUGGCUGGCUUGAAACUUCUGGCCUUUUUGAUUGAGUGGAGACAUGAAAAUGCACUCAGAACAAAUGAAGCAGUACAUGGCUUUAGUGAGGAGAUUAUUUGUGUUCUACCAGUUAUCAACCUUGUUAUAUCUCCAUCUAAAUCUGUCAAAUCAGUGGCAUCUCGUGUUCUAUCAAGAUUUCGCUUGCUUGUUUUAGAUUUGCUGGCACCUUGUUCACCAGAGCAACAGGACACCUCAGUGGUUCACCACAUAAGCAACCCUACAUCUAUUCUUCCUAAACUUGUACACCAUCUAUGGUUUCAGUCGUCUUCAUCAGGAUUCAUGUUUACAAAAUAUAUAACUAGCAGGGGUAUAGCUGAGUCUGCAGGAAAUUUGAUCGAGACAAACUAUUGUACAAAUCAAAUAAACAAUUAUCUGUUAGCCCUUCGCAAGGAAAAGCUUACACUGGAUAACCUGUAUUCGAAGAAGAUACCAUCAGUAGCAAUAUCAUCUCUGCUAAGCUCUGCAGUAUCUGUUUUGGUACUGCACCCAAAAAUUGGUACUUGUGCUGCUCAGUCCUUGGGUCUUCUUGGUGCAGUGGACCCAAAAUUGGCUAUGCCAUUGUUGGUACUUAUCCUCUUCUAUAACAAGGUCUUGUACAGUAACAAUGACUGCAACACAUAUAUCUUGCUUAGUUUGCUAGAGUCAUUGCCAUCACUUGUUGUACAUGGUUUUGUGCUUCCACUCGCACUGCAGUUGAUAUUACCAAUGCUUAAAGAGGAUGUAAAAUCGGUACUAUAUGCUAUAGCUGUUCGACUGCUUUGCAGGACGUGGACUGUCACUGAUUGGGCAUUCCAAAACUUGCAAGGAAUACUGGAUCCUGAAAAUUUUUCCAAUUUCAUUAAUGACAGAGAAGUUUCCACAAGUAUUGCUGCAUCAGUGCGUGAUGUGUGCAAGCAGAACCCAGAUAGAGGUGUUGAUCUCAUAUUAUCUGUCGCGGCUUGUAUUGAGAGUCGUGAUUCUGUUGUUCAAGCUCUUGGCCUGGAGAGCCUCUCCUAUCUCUGUGAAGAAGAUCUAGUUGAUUUCUACACUGCCUGGAAAGUUAUAUCAAAGCAGCUGGUUGAUUUUUCGAUCAAUCCUACUGUUUCCCAUGGCUUAUGCAUUCUAUUGAGAUGGGGAGCAAUGGAUGCUGAAGCAUAUCCUGGAACAUCAAAACAGUUGAUACAAACAUUGUGGAGCAUUAGAACUCACAGGGAGGAAAAUUCUGACCCUCUCUGGGUUAAAACAAGAGGAACUGCUUUUCACUCCUUGUCCCACUAUAAGAUAUCGCUUAUUAAAGAAGCUAUUCCUGAUUUCUCACGAAUAAAUUAUGAAUGCUUUACCAAUGAACGAAAUCUUGAGGUUCUGAAAGCAAUGGAGAACUUUCAAGCCAAGAUUAUCAAAUUUGAGCACAUUAACCGUCGUCGUUUGGCUACAGAUAAAAUAACCACUGUUCAUAAAUUUGAGAAACUACUGGAGGCUUUCCCUCAGGCUGUAUUUAAAGAAAAGUCAGCACAUCAUCGGUUGCCUGGUGCAGCUCUUCUAACUCUCAAUUUUACCCCUAAGGAUAUCCUUCAUGAAGGGAAAUCUAAGGAUUUGCCUAGAGUUCAUGCUUCAUAUGAGCAAGCAUUAGGGGAGAUGGCUGAAUCUAUGUAUAUAUCAAGAAAUAUGGUGGUAGCUCUUCUUGCAUUGCAUUCAUGGAAAUCAUUUGUUUCAAAUUGGAUGCAAGCAGUUAUGGCUUGUCUUGACACUAAAGAAUCCUCAAAGUCGAACAAAGCUUUGAAAGUAGCUGAUGAUAUAUUUAAGAUUCUGUGCAAGCGUGUUCCUGUAUCUACUCCUAGAGUUGUUGUUAACAUUGCUUUUGCUAUUGGAGCAUUGUGCUCGGUCGUUCCUGCAACAGCCCAUCUAGUAAUCUCUUCUGCAUCAGAUUUUCUUUUGAGAUGGCUAUUCCAAUAUGAGCAUGAACAUCAACAGUGGUCUGCGGCUCUUUCUCUGGGACUAAUAUCAAAUUGUUUUCAUCCCACUGACAAAAGGAGCAAGCUUCAGGUUAUCAAUGGACUCCUUGAGGUAAUCUCAAAAACUGAAAGCUACCUGGUGAAAGGAGCUUGUGGACUGGGAUUGGGCUAUUGUUGCCAAGUUCUUUUAGCCAGAGCAGAUAACUCAGCCGGAUUAGAAUUAGAAGCAGCUGCACAACUUACUGAGCGUGCAUCAGUUGAAGAAAUUCUUCACACUUUGACAUCUUCAUUAGUUCAGCUAUGUCCAUUCUCAUGCUUUUCUCUCAAGAAAUUAAGUAUUUGUGGAAUAAGAUCCUUGGAAGGAGUGGAAGAAAAACAUGUUAGCUUAGAUGAUGAUCCUUGGGCUGUUGCAGGACUUGUUCUUGGCCUGGGAAACUCUGUUGUUUCCCUAUAUAGGCUUGGAGCUUAUGAAGCUGUUAUUGAAGUCAAGAAUAUAUUGAUAUCAUGGAUACCAGAUGUUGAUUCUAGCUCGGUGUUAUUUGAGGAAAAUGAUUCAGCAUCCCUAUGUAUGGGCUCUUGUCUAGCCCUUCCAUCUGUUGUAGCUUUUUGCCAGAAAGUGGAAUUGUUGAAUGAUGACCUGGAUGCUCUGUUCAAUCGCUACACUUCUUUAGCCACUGAGCUCCUGAGCCUUAAGAAACCUGGAACUGUCUUUCAGAAUUUGCUGAUGGCUAUCUGUAUCGGGGCUGGAUCUUUCCUGUCUUGCAUAUUGAAUGAUGGGGUGCAUGCUAUGAAAUUUACUGAUGUUAAAAAUCUUCUUGAUACUCUUAAACACGUAUAUACCCAACCAUAUCCUCCUCUUGUCCAUUUAGGGGGCAUGUUUGGUACUGUCAAUGCUUUUGGUGCUGGUGCUGGAGACCUCACUGAUAUCUGUUGGCAACCAACAAAUUCACAAAUUAAGCAUGAAAAGGAGUCAUCUUUGGUGAGAGGUCCUGUACUCACAAGUCCUGUUGGUGAGACUCUUUCGACGUCAAUGAUUCAGGAGAUAUUUCUUCUUGCUAAGGAUGCUGAGGAUGGCCACAUACAAGAUUAUGCUGCAUGGGCUAUUUCAUUUCUUAGAGGCAGAUGGCUAUUAAAGAAUAAGAAUAUUUAUGAUGAUGAUUGUUCUCAAAGAAGUUCUAGUGAUUCUAAUCAAUCCACAAGUUUUUCUGAUGAAAGCUUAGUGUGGAACUUAAGUUUGUGGUUGAGAGAUCUUAACUUCGAAAAGCCUGAUAAUAUUUUGUCAGCAAGUACAGUCGCAACCGUUUUGAGAUGCCUUUCCAAAGCUCCUAGACUUCCAGCUAUAGACUGGGGGGUUAUUGUGCGGCGGUGCAUGAAAGUUGAGGCGCACAUUUCUGAUAAGUUGACGAAUCGUCAUGAUUCUAAAUUAUUAAGGGAAGAAUGCCUAUAUCUUUCCCUAGCUCAAGCAAGUCAUAUCAGUCCCCUUCUGCACUUUAUUGAUGAUCUGACAGACUUACCCAGAUUCAGGAGAUUAGAAAUAAAUUUGCAGUCAAUUUUUCUCCAAUAUUUAUCACACCUAAUGAAACUCUUCUCUCACUCAAGAUUAGAUAAAUUGUAUGAGGAUUUAAUUGAGUACUUGUAUUCCCCCACGUCUUCGUACUUGGAUUACUCAUCUGAGCAGAGAAGCAUGUUAAGAACUUCAUUCUGGACGGGCAUUCGCAAUUGUCUGGUGGAGGAUGUGUCUGAAAUGUCUAGUGGUUUCUCAUGUAUUAAGAAAUGCAUUGAAAGCUUGUCACCUCUCCUGAGUCUCCAUAAAGAUGGUCAUCCUGAAUUCAUAGAGGAGUGGUCUGCUGCUAUCAAAUGUCUUACAGUGGCCCAGAAAAUUUUGUUUGGUGAUAUGCUGAAGGUUGAAAUUUCGUCAUCCUUGAGCGAAGUAGAGCGUAUUGAUGUGGCCAGAAAGAUAAUCAUCAGGGCAAGAAUGUGUGCUAGCAGUUGUGGUUCUGUGGAUGAGCUGGGGAACGUAAAGACUACUAUACUGAGUACAAGGCUUGAUGGUGUCUGGUGGAAUGUCCUUGUUGAGGUUGCUGUUUCUGUACAUUAUGCUGACAGUCAUAUAAAAAGACAGUGGCUUCUCGAUGCUUUGGAUAUUGGCUGUGUUACAGUUUAUCCCUCCACGGUACUCAGUUUUGUUGGCCUACUUUGUGGUAGCUGCUGCAUAUAUAUGCCACUUCUCAUUGUUAACCCAACAAAUGUACUAAGUGACUUGCCUGUCACCCUGCCUUCCUUUCUCUCUAGCAGCAUUUGGGAUGACCUCAGGAAUUCUGUCGCUGAUAAGCUAUGGUUGUUGACCACUCGCAUCUAUGUUUGGGCAGAACAAUUGACUCACGGUUUGGGCCUAGCAGGCCACGACCAUAUUCAUGGAAGUGAAGCUGCUAAGGCAGUUUUUCUUGCCAAUAUUUUGCGGUAUACUUGCAUUGCAGUGGAAGAUCACUUAGCUGUUGAAAAGAAGCUAAAGCUUGGAAACCUGGAGGCUCUAUGAUCCAAGGGAGAAGUGUUUUCAUUUUUAUCUUAUCUGUGCUGUAGCAUAUAUAUGUCUAAAACUUGUGCUUGUUAUUGCUCUCCACUUAUGUAGCAAUGCCUUUUCUCUGUACAUAAUUCAGCUUUACUAUCUUAACCCAUACUAGGAAAUUUGACUUUUCCUAGAAUGAAGGAUGACUUAAUCUGAUGGAAGUAACUUGAGAUGAAAA